AUGGCUCCAAUACAACAAGUGAGAUCCCAACCUCUAAUGUCAUCGUCACAACAAACGAAAACUCAGUCUAUGUUUAAUCCAAACCAAUUACAACUUACGUCAUCUGGACAACAGACGAAAACUUUAAUUCUGUCUCCACCACUAUCUCCAACAAGACCUAUAUCUCCAACAAUACCUUUAUCUCCGCAAAAAUCAAUUCCAUCUAUAACCCCUUCACGAACUUUGUCUCCACAAUUAAACAAAUCUCAAUCUAUGUUUCCUCAAUCACUAUCUCCACCACUAUCUCCCCGUAAACCAACACAAUCACUAAGUAAACAACGAUCUUUACCUUCAUUUCGAUCAGUUCAAUCACAACCUUUACCCCCUCAGUUACAACAAGUACGGGAUUCACAACCUCCAUCACCGACACAAGAACUAGAAAAUCCUAACAUGAAUUCAUCGAUUUAUAAUAACAAUACAAACAAUUCUUCUUCACAAAAACUACAAAUUCAUACUUCCCCUGAUCCAAAAUCAAAUAAAUCAGAUGAAUCCUUAUCACCUAUCAUAGAGACUCUUAGUCCAAUGUCAAAAAAAACUUCUUUCGCAUUAUUAACAAGAGCUGACUUAGCAUUAAUAGCUGGAUGGAUUGAUGGUUUAGAUUUAUCAUCACCUGAAGAUGCUUCAUAUGCAGUUACUGAUGUUCCAUAUAAAUUUAAAUUAUUAGCUCGUGGAUCUCGUCAUGGAUUUAGCGACAAAGUAUUUCAUAAAAGAUGUGAUAAUAAAGGACCUACAAUAACUGUUAUAAAAUUAAAAGAUGUUAAUGAUAUGGUUAUUGGAGGUUAUAAUCCUGUGAAAUGGCAAUCACCAUUAAUGAGAAAAUUUGAAAAAUGUCAUCAUAGUUUUGUAUUUUCAUUAAAAACUAAUGGUGAUGAUAAAGAUUCUGCAAAUACAAAAGAAAUGCAGGAUGAUGAAAUUUUAGAAACUAGUUUAGCUAGUAAAUAUAAUAUAAGUAAUCGUAAUUUAAUAAUUAACACUACUCCUUUUAAACAUGAAUCUUCAUUUGGUAGAGUUUCUUACUCAAAAUAUGCUAUUAAUUUAUCUAAGAGUACUGGACCAGCUUUUGGAACUACGGAUUUGAUAAUGAAAGAUGGUGAGGUUAAAUGUAAACCUGAUUGUUAUUCUUUAGAUUUAUUGAAAAAAAUUGACGGUGAAACGGAUACAUUUGAUAACGUAAAGAGCUAUAGGAUAGAAGAAUAUGAAGUAUAUCUUUUGUUGAAGAGAAAAUAA